GCCCCAGUGAAGGGGAGAAUAGCAUUUCCAAAGAGAUUAUGGUAUAUUAUCCAGAGAUACCUCUUGGUUUAACAGCUCCUUCUAAACAGGCCAUUUUCUCCAAGACAAAAGUCAGUUCCAUUUGAUUUGUCAUACCUUUGUGAUGACUCUUUCAAGAAACAGACAACAGAAAUGGUUGGAUGUCCAAAGAAUGAAAAAACAUCUGCACCUACAUGAGAUGUGACAGGUGUAGCAAGAGCAGCAUAAGACUCAAGGUUUUAGUUAACAAUAAGGCCCUUGUCCACCUGCUAUCCAGAAAGAAAGUCAUUUCAUUCACACGUUGUGCAGCUCAGCUUCUACUCUUCCUCAUUUUGGGGAGUACACAGUGUGUCCUUUUGGCAGUGAUGUCUUAUGAUCGGUAUGCAGCCAUCUGUAACCCUUUGCAUUACUCUAGCAUUAUGACUUGGAGGGUGUGUGUCCAGCUGGCUGCAGGAUCAUGGACCAGCGGAAUCCUGGCUGCUGUGGUGGACACCACCUUCACACUAAUGCUACCCUACAGAGGCAGCAAUAGUAUUGAACAUUUCUUUUGUGAGGCACCUGCACUUUUGAGCCUAGCAUCCACAGACACCUGGAUUUCAGAGACGGCCAUUUCCCUCACGGCGGUUGUGAUUCUCCUCAUACCUGUUUCCCUAAUCCUGGUAUCCUAUGGCCACAUCAUAGUGACUGUGGUCAGGAUGAAGUCAGCUGCAGGACGACUCAAGGCAUUCUCUACCUGUGGCUCCCACCUCGUGGUGGUCAUUCUUUUUUAUGGGUCAGCCAUUGUCAACUACAUGAUACCAAAGUCUGCCAAAGGACAGAAAAAACUGCUGUCUGUGUUCUACACAAUGGUGACUCCCAUGCUUAAUCCCCUCAUCUACAGCCUGAGGAACAAGGAUGUGAAGGGAGCUGUGAAGAAAGUGGCUGCAAGGAUUUUUCCAUGUAAGGUCUGAAAUUGCCUCUGACAGUGAGAUCCACCUGCCUCUCUACUUCUAAGACUUGCUGAGUACUUUCCCUCAGCAAGAGUAGAAUGGGGUAUGAGUCUCAUCAAUGGACCUUUU